AUGCGUUUUUGCCGUUAUCUACAAUGGCUCGGCAUCACCACCAAGGUGUUCAACGUCGGAAACUAUCGUCGAAAGCUCCAUGGUGCACAUCAAUUGCAUGACUUUUUCAACCCUGCUAACCCUGAUGGUGAGCGGUCCCGCCGCGAGGCUGCCGUUGAGGCUCUGGAGGAUAUGGUCUACUGGUUCAAGAAGGAACAGGGUGUCGUUGCCCUCUACGAUGCUACCAACUCGACCCGUUCCAGACGAGAGAUGUUGAUGGCAGAAUGCAAGAAGCACGACAUCCAGGUCAUGUUUAUCGAGUCGGUCUGCGAAGAUGAGGCCCUGGUCCUGCACAACAUCAUGUCCGUCAAGCUGAAAUCCCCCGAUUACAAAAACAUGGAUCCGGAAAAGGCAGUCGAGGACUUCAAGGCACGAAUCUUCCACUACAGAGAAGCCUAUGAAUCGAUCACGGAGGAAAACUUGACAUAUAUCAAGCUGAUCAACGUGGGCAGCCAGGUCAUCAUCAACCACAUCCAAGGAUAUCUUCAGUCGAGGAUUGUCUAUUAUUUGAUGAACCUGCAUAUUGCUCCUCGAAGCAUCUUUUUCAGUCGGCACGGAGAAUCGCUCUACAACGUGAUGGGAAAGCUGGGAGGUGAUUCGGAACUGAGUGCCCGUGGAAAGCAGUAUGCCAAAUCUUUGCCACUUUUGAUCGCGACUCAUCUCGGCAACUCGGAACAAUUGACUGUUUGGACCUCGACUUUGAAGCGAACCAUUGCAACGGCCGAACAUCUCACCUACCCCAAGCUGGCAUGGAAGGCUCUGGACGAGCUGGACGCCGGAGUGUGCGAUGGAAUGACUUAUGAGGAGAUUGAGGAACAAUACCCAGAGGACUUUGCGAACAGAGAUGAGGACAAGUUCAACUACCGCUACAGAGGGGGAGAAUCGUACCGCGACGUUGUUCUUCGACUGGAGCCAGUUAUCAUGGAGUUGGAGAGACAGCGCAACAUUCUAAUCAUUGGACACCAGGCCAUCCUGCGUUGCAUCUACGCCUACUUUAUGAACCACUCGCACGAAAAGCUUCCUUAUAUCAAGAUUCCUCUCCACACAGUCAUCCAGCUCACACCUAGCGCUUACACCUGCGAGGAGAAGCGCUUUAAGGUUGACAUUGAGGCUGUGGAUACCCAUCGCCCUAAACCCAAAGCCGGAGCACCAAAGUCGGCCACCGACGCGAACCCAGACACUCCUGUUGAGGCCGCUACAGACGCGGACAAACAGCCAGCAGCGGAUGGAGAAAAGGAUUGCGGUGCCACUAUUACUACAACGACCAUGUCGACUACGACGUUCAGAGAUAGCGCUUUCCAGAGGACCAAGAGCACACAUCGGACUUCACGAGAUGCGAGGGCUGAUGAGUCGUUGGAGAAGGCCAAGGUGCUUCAAUCUGCGCUGACAGAGGCCACAACUGGAGAUUCUCUGGCCAACCCUGCGGUAGCUCUGCACUUGAACCAGAUCAGCACUCCUGAGCCAGCUCAGGAACAGGAAACCAGCAAGGCUGGCAUUCUCGUUGACGCGGCUCCGUCUCUAUUGAACGUAUUGCCAUCGUCAGCAGCUGCGGGUGAGGCACCUUCGUCUCACAGGGUGACCAAGGGAUUCGAUGCGCAACCAGCCAGCUCUGCGGGCGAUUCGACAACGGCCCACCUUGGUAGCCCAACACCUCAGGAUUCGAGCCUGUCGAUUAACACGUCAUUGCUCACGACUCCCCCAAUGCAACGCUUAAAGAGUGACCUGCAGCCUUCUGCGGUAUGGCAGGAAGGGGCAGAGUACGAAAGAACGGCCGGAGCGAGUCCUCGUGACCCUAUUAUGAGCCCCGGCGGUCGACUUCUCCUUAAGAAGGAGAACUUUCAUUUCCCAUAA